GGUAGCCGCGGAGGACAAUUGUGUCCGGAGGUCGGUACCGCAGCAGGGAAGGAAACGGGAAGUAAUUCACCGGAUUCAUCAGCAAAACAUUAGAUAGUCUACCUGCAAAGCACUGUUCACCACAGAGAUAACUACAUAAAAACAUCCUCCAUUGCAUCCAGAAGAAAAACAUCUUUGUAUCAGCACUGCUCUUGGGUGGGUGUUUCCUGCUGUAAUAAAUUAAGCUGACUUUUUUUUUUUUAUUCCUGAAAAUGGCUUUUCGAUUUAAUUUUAAUAUUGAUGAAAGUGAGAACAAUGAACCAGCUGCUCGCGACAAGACAGACUUACAGCUGUGCUCUCCGAAACACAAGCAGGAAUCCAUGGAAAAGAGCAAGCAAACAGCCAAUAGCGCGGCAGGCUCCAGCCCAAGGCUGGGUGCCGAUAAACAGCGAGAUGAGACACCAUCAACGAAAAAGCUCUGCUUUAAAGCUGCCAAGGAACACGACAUUCCUGAAGAUCUCAAUAAAAUACUGGAAAAUAAAGUCAUGGAAACAGUAUCAGACCUGUAUUACGUAAAUAUGUCCGUAGUGGAAAUGAAGUGUUUGGAUGGCGCCGAUGGAGAAGGCAUUGUCUCUAAAAGUGUUUCUUCUCAUUCUGAUCUCAUCCCAGGGGUCUAUGAGGGAGGACUGAAAAUCUGGGAGUGCACCUUCGAUCUCAUAGACUACUUCUCAGAGGCUGAAAUACAGUUUACCAACAAGACUGUAUUGGAUCUGGGCUGUGGGGCUGGGCUGCUGGGAAUAGUGGCUUUAAGGGGUAAAGCUGAAAAAGUCCAUUUUCAGGACUACAACAGCACAGUGAUUGAUGAAAUAACCUUACCUAAUGCAGUGGCUAACUGCAUAAACGGAGGCGACAGAACGGGCAGUGGAGACAACAGAAAAACUAGUGAGCCUCCUUUGAAGAGGCCCAAGCAAGCAGGAUGUGUAGCUGACAUGCUUGCCAAAUGCAGGUUUUUUUCCGGAGAGUGGUCUCAAGUCAGCCAGCUCCUGUUAAGCGGCAACAAACCCCUUCUGAAGUACGAUGUAAUUCUCACAUCUGAGACCAUCUAUAAUCCUGACUACUACGGUGCUUUGCAUGAUACACUGGCUCAGCUCUUGGAUAAAAAUGGCCGUGUGUAUUUGGCAGGCAAAGCGUAUUAUUUUGGGGUUGGCGGUGGUAUCUACCUCUUUGAGAAAUUCAUUGCAGAGAGAAAUGUGUUUAGGAGCAGCAUAGUUAAAAUAAUUGAUAAAGGACUACAGCGAUGUAUUAUGGAAAUAGCCUUUAAAGAUUCCAGUUAAAAUUUAACCACUGGUCCUUCAAAAAUAUCUUAAAUGAAAUGUUUUAAUCCUCACAUCUCUGCUUUUUCCUCUCUUGAGUUCUUCUGGUUUGACAAAAUAAGAAUGCUCAUUAUUGAAAUAUUUGACAAAUUCUGAUGUCUGACUGGAAGGGAAGGACUGAUUCUCUUUUUCCAUAGAAAAUGGAGUUCUGCUUAAACCACCAUCUGUGUAUGCCAAUUAAGGGUCAUUUAUAUGCAUUUAAAAUUGAAGCGGGUGACUGGCCCCAGUCCCCCUCAUAUUCUUUGGCAGUGCCGGAGCUGUCUGGCACAGAACUGCUUGCUGAGCACAGCCUGAACCAGACCAUGCAGCAUCUGAGUAUGGCGCAGGAGUUGUUCUCAAGAGUUGGGCUUCCAACUCAGAUACAAUUAAACCACAGCAACAGAUUUCAGAACCGACUGCACACCUGCGUGCUCUGCUGCUUUGCCAGCAGAGGGGGAUGUGAUUGUAUUUAUCACUGGUGUUCUACUCUGCUAGCAAUCUCGCUAAUUGUUGUAAUGUUUCCAUAUGUAAUGCAUACAUGACUUCUAUUCAAGCCUUUGAAAAAGUGUACCAGAGAAUAUUUACUAGCGUGGUUUGUAAAUUUUCACAUUUAGAUUUUGACAUGUUACUCGAGAAAAUUUCAUCAAGUAAUUGGAAAUAGCCAUACUGUUUUUAAAAAUGAAUAAAACUGAUUUCUAUUUUAGAA